AUGGCACGCAAAACCAAGCAGACGCCUCUGGAGCGAAUCCGCGCCAACGCAGCGAAAACGCGCGCUGCACUGGUCGUCAAUAAAGACAGUGCGUGGCAUCGAUUUGACCAGCAGGACGCGAACAGCGGCGCCAAACGACCGAAAGUGGCCAAGAAGCGCCGCAACUCGGACGGAGCGAAGCACACAGAGCAGGAAGCAAGUGACUCCAAUCGUGAGACAUCUCCAGACGACCCCGAGUUCCCACCCUCGUGGGCGCCAGCAGGUGGUCAUUGGUUUGGAGAAAAGGGAAAAACACCAUCGCUAGGCAUCGCUCGCAUUCCUGGCUGGAGAGUCGAGAAAUUCGCGAAAGCUGUAGGAGAGCUGCUGCUAGAACUGGAAAUCGAGGAUGAUUUCACAGUUCGGAUCAAGACUGCUGAGAAUGAAGGCGUGGAGAGGUCAACGGAUAUCUUUGUCGAGUUUGAGAGUGCUGAGAGGGCGGAACAAGUGAAGAAGGUUAUUGAUGGGAAGAGGCUUGACGGGAGGGUGUUGUCGGUGGAUUUUGGUGGGGUCUAG